UAUGCGCAAGAAUCAGAUUCACCAAAGCAAUUAUAUCGGGGCGAGUGGAGAGAGGCCGAGUCGUCGAGACUUGAGAGCCAGUCAAGAGAUGUCGACACAAGCGAAUGAUCCACGGCAGCCGUCGGCGGCGAAGCCUUUUGUUGCUCCGGCAGUGAAUCCGCAAGAUCUCCCCGUCGAUUAUUCCGGUUUCAUCGCCGUAGUUUUCGGCAUCGCCGGUGUCAUGUUCAGGUACAAGCUUAGUUCGUGGCUGGCAAUCAUAUUUUGCGCCCAAUCGCUUGCGAAUAUGAGGAAUGUUGAGAACGAUCUUAAGCAGAUUUCCAUGGCAAUGAUGUUUGCUAUUAUGGGAUUAGUGACGAAUUACUUGGGUCCUGCCCGACCAGGAACAAAAAGUUAAGACUCUUUAUUUAGAAUGGUUAUAAUGUUUGUUUUCUUUGACUUAAUUUAUCUUAGGAGCUUUUUACAGUGACUUUUUAUAUUAUGAUCUCAAGUAAUAUGUGGGCAGAUAUGAUGGAGGACAAAUUUUAAGAGGUCUACACUUUAUUUCCAAAGUUAGUUUGCACGUACAUCAAUUAUUACUUUA